UUGAAUCCUGUGAUUUUUAUCAGGCUGCCAGACAAGCUGGAGUAAACCACCAGCGCCGUGUGGAUGAGUGUGUGAGUGAAUGAGUGUGUGUGCCAUAAGAUCAAAUAUUACCCACAGAACUCUGUGUUUCUAGAUCAAAAUGCAUCCGGUCAGAGUGUCGAUUCCGUCGUUUCGGUCAGAAAACAACUCGAUGGAGAAAGGAUACACGGUCUUCAAAAUUGAAGUGCUGAUGAAUGGCAGACAACAUACUGUUGAGAAACGCUACAGUGAAUUCCACACGUUGCAUAAAAUGCUAAAGAAGUGCAUUAAACCACCUGAGAUCCCAUCAAAACAUGUUAGGAACUGGGUUCCCAAAGUCCUGGAGCAAAGGAGGCAGGGCCUGGAGCUCUACCUGCAGACUAUAAUUAUGGAAAAUGGGGUCCUUCCAAAGAUAUUCCUGGAUUUCCUGAAUAUCCGCCAUUUUCCUUCAGUGCCAAAAACAGAAAGCUGUGGGUCAUUCGAUACAGAAUCAGAGGAAUCGAGUAAACUUUCACACCAGCCAGUCUUGCUGUUUCUGAGGGACCCGUACCUGCUGCCAUCUGCACACGACACAUUUUCAAAUGUUGUGAUUGAAGGUGUGAUACAUGGAGUUUUCUACCCAGAUCUUCAGCCAAGGUAGAUCUGCAGAGCCAAAGCCGAGAGCAUGUCACUACAAACAGAUGCUCCUUAUUUCACACCAUUUUAGGUGUGCAUCAAGAAGAACAUAACAUGUUACACUGAGCCUCAUUUACAAUUUCCAAAGCAUAAAACAAACAAAACAAUGAUGCCUAAUCUCUCAAUAAAUCACUGGCACUACAUUUUAAGACAUCCAUUAACUUUACGCCAGCAAGCGGGUUGUUCUUAAAAUAAACAAUACUGACCCACAUUUCUAUGGAUUUCAACCCUUUGAAUCCAGCUUGACAGCAAUAAAUUGCAAUGAUAUGUGAAACAUUCUGGCAGGUUAAUGUAGAGAUUAGAUAUAGAGAUUAAUAGAUUGUAAUAAAUAAGCGUAUAAUUUACUUUUUUCUUAAGACAUUAAUAAGUGAAAUAAGCAUACUGGAUUUGUCACACACAGAAAGGGGCCUGUAGUGACAAAGUGCAGGGCUGGAUCAUGGCCUGUAAACAGGGAGGUGCCCCUGCCUUUGUAGGACCAGUACUGUGGGUUUUGAAUUUGUUCUGCGCUGCCAAAUCGAGCCGUCUGAGGGAGAGCUGUGUAGAAGAAUUUCGAGGCUGCAUUCUGGUGGGAUUGACAUCCAUGUGCCACAUGUUAGCGUGGAAAUGAUUAGAGCUUUUUCACAAGCCUGGGGCAGUGAUGUGGACUUUCACUGAGCUUCAGAUGUGUAGGACGACGGUGGGUUUUACACACACGCUUGUGAAGAGCUGCCGCAUUAGCAGCCCAGUCUGGUCAGAUGAUGAGCUUGAGGUUUGGGGCACAAAACUUAUUUGAAAUGUAUUGUGGCUGACAGAAAUAUGUGGCACGACCGAGCAGUGCAAUUAAAAGAGCACUCCACCGAUUUAGCAAGUUUACCAAUUUCACACAUCCUUCCUUUAACCUGGCACCUACAUUUACCCACAGUGCAAUUGGACCAUAGUCAUAGAUUUAGGUGGGCCUCAAGUUGCAAGCUUCAGGCUGAGAGUAGGAGUUUUCUACAUCAUUUCACUUCUUUCUAACUCCACUCUCCCUUUUCUUUCACCUUUUUUUAAAAUCAGAUUUCGUACA